GCCAUGUUGAAUUUGAUGGCGGUCGAAACUUUGAUCAACUUGUUUACAAGUUAAUUAUCUGAGCCAAUUAUACUUAAAAGCAUAAGAUGAGCUGAGUUCAAUAGUCCUUGCAGUCGUAAACAUUUACUCACGAACAAUGUUGGAUGUUGGAACUGAUUUCAUAGAUAUAAGCACUCCGAUACAUCUUAAUUAGGGCACACCUUCAAGAUCACAAUGGCCCACCUUGAUCCAGACUUUCAGAGGCGGUUGGGGCACAUAGAGGAAUGUGUACGAAACCCAAAUUCAGAGUUAAAUGUCAAUGGGCUUUUGGAUGGUAUAUCAGCCAUUGUACUAGACUGUAACUUCCCAGCAAUCAGACGCAACAAGAAUGUAGAGAAUUUUCUCACACGAUAUGAGAAGCCUGUGGACCUUGUGUGUGACAAGCGUAUGAAGGCUCACGACUUUGAUGUUGUUAAAGUCAUUGGUCGUGGAGCAUUUGGAGAAGUACAGUUAGUCCGCCACAAAGCUAGUCAGCAAGUCUAUGCAAUGAAAUUACUCAGCAAAUUUGAAAUGAUAAAAAGGUCAGACUCUGCUUUCUUCUGGGAGGAAAGAGAGAUUAUGGCUAAUGCUAACAGUACAUGGAUAGUACAGCUACAUUAUGCCUUCCAAGACACCAAGUUUCUAUAUAUGGUGAUGGACUACAUGCCUGGAGGGGACUUGGUCAAUCUCAUGAGCAAUUAUGAUGUACCAGAAAAAUGGGCAAAAUUUUAUUGUGCCCAGGUUGUGCUUGCUUUAGAUGCCAUUCAUUCCAUGGGAUUUGUGCACAGGGAUGUGAAACCUGACAAUAUGUUGCUUGAUGCUCAGGGACACUUGAAGCUUGCAGACUUUGGAACAUGUAUGCGUAUGGACAAAGAUGGUAUGGUGCGCAGUGACACUGCUGUCGGCACACCUGACUAUAUAAGCCCUGAGGUGCUAAAAUCCCAAGGUGGUGAUGGGUAUUAUGGGCGAGAGUGUGAUUGGUGGUCUGUCGGGGUCUUUCUUUUUGAGAUGUUAGUAGGGGAUACACCUUUCUAUGCAGACUCCUUAGUAGGAACAUAUGGAAAAAUUAUGGACCAUAAAAACUCAUUAAGUUUUCCAAGUGACAUUGAAAUGUCUGCAAAUGCCAAGCGAUUAAUUGUCGCUUUUUUAUCAGACCGAACCCAGAGACUAGGACAAAAUGGAAUCGAUGAAAUUAAAGCUCAUCCAUUCUUUAAAAAUGAUACUUGGGACUGGGGAAAUAUAAGACAAACUGUGCCCCCUGUAGUACCUGAAUUAGCAAGUGAUGUGGACACAAGCAAUUUUGAUGAAAUUGAGAAAGAUGACAGUACAAAUGAAACUUUCCCUGUGCCCAAGGCAUUUGCUGGAAAUCAUCUACCAUUCAUAGGCUUUACAUAUGCCAGGAAUUAUAAUAUGAUGAAUGGUAAACAACAGGGUGUCGCUCCUACUGGUGGUAGAGAUGAGACUGCUGCAGUACCGUCAAAUGAUAUUGUCAGAAAAAUGAAAGAAUUAGAAGAACAAAUACGAACAGAACGAAUGAAAAAGGAUGAUUUUGAACAAAAAUAUAUUUUAAGUAUGAAAGAGUUUGACCGUAUAUCUGCUGAAGAGACUAAUAUGCGACAAGGCCUGCGGGACAUGGCAAUGCUCAAACAUGAUCUGAAAGAGAGUCAGCGUAAAUUAGAUACAGAGAAUGAGCUACGGAGGCAAGUAGAGAUGAGGCUAGCAAAUGCAGAGAGGCAAUUACAUGAGGAGGCUAACCAGAGAGCAUCUCUUUCUAACAAAGACCAGCAAUAUCUCAGCAAAAUAGCUCAGCUUGAAAAACUGCUGGCAGAUCUGAAUGAGAAGCUCUAUGCUGAGGCUGAAUCCGGUUCAAAGAUCAAGAAAUCAUAUUCAGAUUUACAACAGAGAUACAACCUGGUAGAGCAGAGUUACAAGGAUAUCCAGGGAAAGUAUAAUGAAACAAUUAGUGGCAAAUCAUCCCUAGAGCAGGAACUACUAGGACUACAACAGGCCUUAGAUAGUGAGAGAAAUGCGAGGUCACACAAUUCAGACCAUAUACAUGAUCUAGAAAACCAGAAUCACAGUCUCCAUAACAAAGUGCAAGAACUCAAACAACAAGCAAUCAAGACUCAAGCAGAGUUGGAGCGUCUCCGACAGACAACUGUCAAUCUAGAAAAGUCUAAGGCUAACGUUGAACUAGAGAGGAACACCUAUCAAGCUAAACAUGACCAGGAGAUGAGAGCUCAUAAAGAAACCAUCGCCCGAUUCAAUGCUGAUAAAAAACAUAUACUCAUGUCCACUGAGGAGGCUAAUAUUGAAGCUGUCAGAGAAAUCCAAGGCAAGCUAGACUCUGAAGUGCAAAAUAGACAGAAAGCUGAGUACCACUUAUUGGAGGCUGAGAAACGUUGCAAUGAAAUGUCUGUGGACCUCAGUCAGCUACAGAAGAAAGUCACCUCACUAGAGGCAGAUAUCACAACUGAACAUGACAAGAACAAGAACCUCGGCUUACAGAGGGACCAAGCGGUUCAGAAGAGGAACCUUCUCCAAAGUGACAUGAAAGCUCUCCAGCAGCAAAUCACACAGAUCAAGUCUCAAGAUAAGUUCACACAGAAAGAACUGCAAGACAUGAAGAAUGCAAAGAAGACUCUAGAAGAGUCUCUCAAAAAUUUACAAGACUCUUACAAUGCAAAUGAACUCCAGAUGAAAGAGCUGAAUGACCAGUAUGAAGCAGAGCAGUAUUUUUCUACAUUAUACAAAACACAAGUAAAAGAACUAAAAGAAGAAUUAGAAAUGAGAGAACAACAAAAUUCUGAAUUAGAGAUAGACAUCAGGAAUUUAGAAAAAGAAAGGGAUUCAAUAGCAGCCCAGCUACAGUUAGCAAUGACAAAGGCAGACAGUGAACAGAUAGCUAGAACCAUAGCAGAGGAACAACUCUCUGAUGUAGAAAAAGAAAAAACCAUGUUAGAUUUAGAAAUUAAAGAAAUCCUAUCUCGUCACAAGACUGAACUUAACAAGAGGGAAACUGCAAUAGCAAUCCUUGAAGAUUGUAAAAACCAAAGCAAGAAAGAAGUUGAAAAUUAUAAACAACAGAAUGAUGACCUCAACAGUCAAGUCAAGAAACUCAGAGAAGAUCUUGAAAAUGUGCAGUCCAAUAGAACAAGCAGUGAUGUAGAAAAUGAAAAACUUAAAAAGCAAUACCUGGAGGAGAAGUUGAAGAAAGAAGUGGCUGUGAACAAGCUAGCUGAGAUAAUGGCCAGGAAAGGAGGUGACAGUGGCAAGAAUAAGGGGAGCAAAGUAGCAUCUUCAGAACUCAGGAAGAAAGAGAAAGAAAAUAGAAAAAUACAACAGGAACUAAACCAGGAAAAAGUGAAGUUCAAUGAAAUGGUUGCUAAGCUCCAACAGAGUCUGUCUGAGAUGCAGGCCACCCUGUAUGAGGAGGGACAAAGUUGCAGGAGACUGCAGAUGGAGUUAGAUGCCAAGGACAGUGAAAUUGAACAACUGAGACAAAAAAUUGCACUUAACAACAGUGAUACAGCAUCCAUUAGUAGUGGCACUGAAAACGAUAGUGAGGACAUGACAGGUAAAAUGGAGAGUCCACUUGAAGGCUGGUUAGCAGUACCUAACAAGCAGAAUAUUAAGAGAUAUGGCUGGAGAAAACAGUAUGUUGUGGUCAGUACUAGGAAGAUUCUCUUCUACAAUUCUGAGAGUGACAAACAGAAUGCUGAUCCUGUCAUGGUCCUAGAUUUAGACAAAAUCUUCCAUAUAAGGACAGUAACCCAAGGUGACGUGUACAGGGCUGAGGCAAAGGACAUCCCUAGAAUCUUCCAGAUUUUAUACGCAACCGAGGGAGAAAACAAGAAGCAGGAUCAAGCCUCCAUAGAAGCAGCAGCCCAACUUGCAAUGGAAAAGGAGAAAGCUGGUAUUGUCUCCUACAAGGGCCAUGAUUUCCUUCCUCUUCACUUCCGCACCCCCACCACAUGUGACUCCUGCAGUAAACCAGUCUGGCACAUGCUACAUCCUCCAGCUGCACUUGAAUGCAAACGUUGUAGAAUAAAGGUGCAUAAAGAUCAUUUUGAUAAGAAUGAAGAAUUUGUAGGACCAUGUAAAGUAAACUUUGAUGCCCAGUCAGCAAAAGAACUCCUUCUUCUAGCAGGAUCAACUGAAGAACAGAAAUUAUGGCUCCAAAGAUUAAGUAAAAAGAUUUCCAAAAAGGGGAUUGAUCCCAAGGCAGGGUGGUUGCUAAAUGAGCUUUUAAUGAGCCCAGGAGGACAAAAAUGUGUCCUCCCUAUGAACCUGGCUGAGGAAUCACGCCGGCGUGUGUCAAAUGCUGAGAGAAAACAAAGUCCUAUGCCAUCGAGGGGAGCCAAGCAAUACACAUCAUUUAAUUUACCUCAGAAGCAACUAUCAUCCCCCGUCUCUAAAUCUGCGACACUUCCACCCAAUAUGAAGCCUCCAAAGAGCUAGGACUAGAUGUGUACCGGUGCAGGAGAACACAUGUAAACACAAAAAUAAACAACCAUUAUAUUUAAGUACAAAUAUUAUACCAAUAAAACAGACACCAUUUACUAUUCAAUCCUAUGCCUAAUGUAUCCAAAUGAAAUAACAAUCUGGAUGUACAAGUACCAAACAUUUUGAGCACCCCCUGUCUUGGGGUACAGUGUAGAAGACAAAAGUAAGUUAUAUACUAAUUUAUGGAAGUAGAACUGAUAGACCUCUUCACUUUUACUUUCCAAUGGUAAAGACUUCACCUUUAAUUGAUCGACAAUUUAUAUUUUAUAUGUUAUAUUUUAUGCAUGUAUGUUGUAUUUUAUGCAAAAAGUACAGUAUAUAAUAUUGUUCCCAAUCAAGGAAUAAUGUGGUCUGGAUGUUGUUUCAAACUGUUCAGUAUUUAGAAUGUCAAGUAAAAUAUGUUUAUGUGAACAAUCUCAAGUAUCCAAUACCUACUGGGGUUCUAGGAAGAUGACAUGUUGAAAUAUAUACUGUAUCUAUGGAGAGGGAUGGAUAUUAUCUGUAUCUUCUCCCUUAUCUCUAGGGCUGUGGACAUAUAGAAAUAUCUGUAACUACUCCUCCAUUUUAGAAAACACAAUUAACACAUUUCAGUAUUUCAAAAUGAAAGGCAACAAGUAGGUACUUCAUGAACUUACUUUUAUAUAUUCACCUCCUCAAGAGACACAUAUAUUCCAAACCUCUAAGUACAUAACCAUUAUGUAUUAUAAACACUGUACUGUUGAAGUACAUUCAUAUACUGUAGUACCUUUUUCAGUGGUCCUCACAUUUUUGAAAGUAAGUUUUACAAUGUACACAGAAGGCCCAUAUACCCGAUAAUCUCUUUGAAUAUUAAUUAUCAGUAUUUUUUACUGUUUUAAACCAAUCAUCCAAAACUUGCCAAAAAUCGAUGGUGAUUGUCAAGUUUGUUGUGAAAAGGAGUGUAGAGCAAUGUGAAAGAUAACCUGAUAUUGGUGCACAUUUGUAAUAUUGUAUAAUUGUAAUAUUGUAUAAUAUCUAUUGUAGUCACUUUAUAACAAGGGUAUAUUAUGCAACACACUAAAAUGAUGUAAAAAUGUAUGAAUAUUUAUAUUCCAUAAUGAAUGGCUGUAAUGUCUUGCUGUAUAAAUUGUAUGAUAUAGAAGUUCACUUAUGAAUAAUCACUAACUUGGGGACAAUUCUCUACAUCAUUGUGCACUAUUGAGUUUAUAAGGCCUUUUUAUAGAUGGCAGUUCACUUGUUGUCACCCAUGGUUGUUUUUAAAUGUUUCAUCGGGUUAUGUGUAAAUGUUUAUUGUUUAUUAACUUAAACCAUAUAAAGCAAACUAACACCAAUUUUUGCAAUUGUUCACUUAAUUUCUUAAAUGUUUGAAUGGUUUUAUUAAUGGCCAUAUUUGAUGUAAUUUAUACAUCUUGAUAUAUAAAACAAACCACUGAUUCCAAUGCCAUCUAUUAAUGGUGUUUGAAUCCAUAACCUGAGUGUAUCAGUGCUGUUGUAAUAGACAUACAAGGGAAUGUUGGUUGGGUUUUUAAAUCCUUGUCCAUUAUACAGUGUCAGUAAGGUGGGGAUCUUUGGUUUUGUGAUGUAGGCCUACCUUGAUUUAAAGAAUUGAUCCCAUGGUGAAACCUGAUAGAUACAUCAUGACCUACUAAGGUAGGCAGAGGUGCAGAAUGCAUGCCCCUCAAAGGUUGUGUUUUAUAUACAUCAUUAUCCUCUGAGUAUAACCAUUAUACCACACCAAACAGGGCAUUGUAGAGCAAAUAAUUAUUUAACUCAAUUUCACAUGACAUUUAUCUUAUUAUUAGCCAUAUACUAAUAGAAGCUCCAUAUCAUUAUGAUAAUUUCCAAAUUUUGAGAUCAAUUGAUUUUCCUUAGAAUGGCAUCACUUCAUAAACAAUUAGGCUCGUACAUUUGUCUAGUGUAGGUAACGUUAGAAAAUGUUGUCAAUCAAAGCUCAAACUUCCAAGGUGCCUUUCACACUGUUGUAAAGAUGCAGUAUAUCACUCACCGAAAUGAAAUCAAAAAAAUUAUUGAAAUACAUAUCUUCAACAUCAUAGAGCUAAAUAUCCCAAAAACACAAUAUAACAAAUACUAUUAUAGAUAACAAUGGUUAGUCUUGGUAAACACGCCAUUGUUAGGCCAGUAUUUUUGCAGCCUCCCUAUAGUUUAACGUACAGUUAAACUGUGGAUAUGCCCUUCUUACCAACCAAAUUUGUUCCAUGUAUACAGGUGUUCCUUAUGGACAUUAACAUUGACGUUGAUGGGACUUGGUUCUUUUAAAAACUUCCAUUAUGGAGAGGUUUUUAACUGAGAGGGCUCCACUUUGCAGGUUUUGCUGUAAUUAAAGUCUCACACUUAUUCAUUCACCAUUCCACGAAUGCCGAAUGGUGUUUAUAUUACUGCCAAACCUGUGUUGAUUAACCAAUUGUUACAGUGUAUGAUUAUAAGAAAAGGUAUGUCAAAAUAUCAACUGUUUGAAAUGUAUUUGUUUAGCAGGGAGGGGUUGGAAUUUUAAAUUAUUACUCUGUAGAUAUCCCAGUAUUGAGAUUAUCUUUGGAAGAAAAGUUAUAAUUGUGAUUGAAAAGCAAAUGAACAAUGAAAUCACAUACAUUUUCUAUAGUUGAUAUUUAGGCAUAGUCCUUAGUCUAAGACUAUACAGAUAAAUAAAUAACUGUAUAGAAAAUUGCAGUGUUCUAAUAAAUCAAGUAUGUAGUCAUUAGAUAAAGGUGAUUUCCAUUUCCACAGCAAUCAAAAUAAGCAGUUCACUCAUUCUUACAUCAACUCAUUUUAACUCAUUUAUUAUUCGAAUCUAGUAAAUAAAUUAAAAGUUUAAUGAGAUUUUCUUAAGAGUGGAGGUCACCUCAUAUCAUAGAGAUAUAUUAUGGACAGUAUAGCUGGUAGAGAAUAUCAGGAGGUUUUAAUGCCGGAAGCUUGCUAGAUAAGUAGUGACACAUUGGGUUUAUAACCUACUAUUUUAUGUACUGUAUAAUACUUUUGUAAAUCAAUGCUUACGUGAGGAGGUACAGUUUGACACUAAGGGAAAUGUAACAUCUGCUGUAUGCAACAUUGUUAUAAUGGAGGUAGCAACAUUGUUAAUAUUGAAUACCUGUAAUCUAAAUGAAAAUAAUAUAAUAUAAAAUAAAGUGUCAUGAGACAUAUUUCUGCUUUAUCUUGUUUUUGAUUUCAACUUCUGGAAAACACAUUUUGAUGAACUAACAGACUAAGGAAAAUGGUUUUCAGAAACCAUCUUCAAAAAUGAAACUGAAACUAGUAGUUUGAGAUUUGAACAAUCACACUUUAAGUUUUGACGUUGGGGAAUUUCAACAAUAUACACCGCAGAUGCUGUUGUCCAUAUCGACAGGAAUUAUUUAUUAAAUUCUUUACACGUUUCUUACAAGAAUAAACACUAGCGCUGUGUUA